AUGAUAUAUUCUUCACACUGUCUCCAGAGCCAGGCACAGCACACAGAGAAUCAGAUGAAGGAGGAGUUUGAGAAACUUCACCAGUUUCUACGAGAAGAAGAGGAGGCCAGGAUAGCUGCUCUGAAAGAGGAAGAGAAGCAGAAGAGUCAGAAGAUGAAGGAGAAGAUUGAGCAGAUGAACAGAGAGAUAUCAUCACUUUCAGACACAAUCAGAGCCAUAGAGGGGGAGCUGAAAGAUGAAGACAUCCCAUUCCUGCAGAGUUUCAAGAUGAAGGAAAGAGCCCAGUGCACAAUGCCAGAUCCACAGCUGCUGUCAGGGGGGCUGAUAGAUGCGGCCAAACACCUGGGAAACCUGAAGUUCAGAGUCUGGGAGAAGAUGAAGGAGAUCAUCAAACACACUCCUGUGAUUCUGGAUCCCAACACUGCAUCCUCCUGGCUCUGUCUGUCUGAUGAUCUGACCAGUGUGAGUCAAACUGGCCCAGAGCAGCAGCUCCCUGACAACCCAGAGAGAUUCAUUAAGUAUGCUAAUGUUCUGGGCUCUAAGUGGUUCAGCUCAGGUAAACACAGCUGGGAGGUGGAGGUGGGGGAUCAUCCUGUCUGGAACCUGGGCGUGGCUAAAGAGUCAGCUGACAGGAAGGGGGAGCUGAAAGCAUCACCAGAGUAUGGAAUCUGGGUUAUACUGCUGAAUAGUGGAAAGUAUACUAAUGCAAAGGGAGAGACCCUCCUCCUGAAGAAGAAACCCCAGAGGAUCAGAGUGCAGCUGGACUACGACCAGGGGGAGGUGUCCUUCUACGACUCCAUAGACAUGACACUCAUCUACACUUAUAAAGACACAUUCACUGAGACUCUCUACCCAUACUUCUCUAUUGGAUCAGCUGGUGAUGCCAAAAGCACUGGUGUACAAAUCUGCCAAUCAGAGUCUCUGAUAGUGGUGUCAUCCCAAUAA